CAAAGCGCCGGAAUUUUGUCCUCUCGCUCGACGCAUCUUCUCGAGCACUGACGCUCCAUCGCCUUCGCCAUCGCCUCGCGCGACCGAAGCCGCUCGGAGCCAUGUUGAUCCCCAAGAAGAACCGUGUGGAGAUCUACAAGUACCUCUUCAAGGAAGGCGUCUUGUACGCUAAGAAGGACUACAAUGCCCCCAAGCACCCCGAAAUCGAUGUGCCUAACCUCCAGGUUAUCAAGCUCAUGCAGAGCUUCAAGUCUAAGGAGUACGUCAAGGAGAACUUCGCCUGGCGCCACUACUACUGGUACUUGACCAAUGACGGCAUUGAGCACCUCCGGACUUACCUCAACCUUCCAUCUGAGAUUGUCCCCGCUACUUUGAAGAAGUCUACUCGUCCCCCAAGCAGGCCAAUGGGAGGUGCGGGUGGCGAUAGACCUCCCCGUGGUCCUCCCAGAGAUGGAGACAGACCACGAUUCGGUGAUAGGGAGGGUUACAGAAGCGCUGGCCGUGGUGACAGUGGGUUUGGUGGAGACAAAGGUGGGGCUCCCGGUGAAUACCGACCAGAGUUCAGAGGUGGACGAGGUGGUUUCGGACGUGGAGGUGGAGGUGGAAGUGGAGGGUUCGGUGGCGGUGCCCCGGGCGCCAUAACGGAGUAGGGUGUCGCACUUCUACUAUCAUCCCAUUGCUCCAUUUUGGAGUGUCGUGGAGAUAACACAUUGGACCAGUCUCCGGAUUAGUUGGGUUCAGGUUGUCGAGCGGAAAAGCCACGCUGUGUUGCAGUUUUGUUAUUUCUGAUGAGGUUCAACGAUGUGAAAGUGCUCUUCCAUUUUUUGCGGCUUCGAGCAUCGAUGAGCUGAGAUGAAUGUGUUACAUGAUAUACCAAAAGCAAUGAAAUCCUGUUAGAUUUUUCCGUUCAGUUAUGGUGACAAAGAAUUAUUGUGGAUUAACUACUUUGAUGCUGAUUUAGGGCUCAGUGGAUACGUUGGCAGCUUGUUCUUCUUUUGUACAAUGGAUAGGUGGACACUGCCGACGCAUGGAACCGAUAAAACAAUGUUUCACUUUAACGUCUCAACCUUGUAAUAGAAAUUUCAAUUUUACUGUCAA